CCCAUUUUUGGCGAAUUACUUUCGCUCAAUCAACCUAUCGUGCGAUGCAGUGUACGCCUCCUGCACCGUUUGUCAUCACUGCCAAUUUGGUAUAAAAUCGUUGGCUGACCAGCUUGUAAAUCACAGUUCUACAGCUGAUUCAAUCCUCUCAACUACUCCUCCAACAUGCAGUUCAUCAUUUUCGCCGCUCUCCUCGCCGCCGCCGCUGCGACUUACAGCGCACCCGUUUAUAACGCACCGGCGCCAGUCUACUCCACUUCGGCACCCACUUAUUCAGAGCCGGUCUACACCACAACUUACUCCGCACCGGUCUACUCGACAUCUUCCUCGUCUUACUCCGCACCCGAAUACUCGACAUCUUCCUCUUCUUACUCCGCACCUGAAUACACCACUGAGGAAUACACUGCUGCGUCUCAAUCCAACGAAUCCAACGAAUCCGGCGAGGCCAGCAGUAUCGAGCUCACGACCACCUAUGCCGCCCCUUCCUACAAGGAGCCCGAGUACACAACAGCCGCUUACUCCGCUCCCGCUUACAAGGAGCCUGAAUACACCACGGCCGCCUACGCUGCUCCGGUGUACUCCGCACCAGUUUACUCCACUGCUGCCCCCGUCUACCAAGCUCCUGUUUACCAAGCUCCCGCUGCACCCGCCUACCAAGCUCCUGCUGCUCCCGUUUACCAAGCUCCCGCUGCUCCCGUCUACGAAGCACCCGUCUACGAAGCUCCCGCCUAUACUCCAUACUAAGCCAUCACCCACAGCAGUAUUAUCCUACACUUAAAGAUGACUAAAUUAUUAUUUAUUUAAAAAGAUCGCUUAUAAAAAAAAAAUGUAAUUGAUUAUUUAUUAAUAGACAACUGAGCAAACAAA